UGUUAAACAUGCUUGAUGUAAUUUCAACAUUUUCUAUUCAUUCUUGUUAGAGUAAAAGGUACAAAUAAAUAAUAAUUAUACAAAGAAAUAGAUAAACUGGAAAUUUAUCAAAGGGUUCUACAGCUAGAUAAUCUACUAGACCUAAUUAGAAAUUUUAUAAAAUAAAAUUAGAUGAUCUCCCAUUCAAAACAAGUCCAAAAAGUGAAAAAAGAGAUAAAAUUGAAGUAUAGGCAAUAAGUGAAUAAAAUAGAAAAAGAGAGAAUGAAAAUGAAAACAUAUUUGAAAGCAACAUUUAUCCAUUGAUCAUUUUUUAAAAAAGUAAUUAUUAGUGAAUAAAAAAUAAGUCUCCUACCGUUAGCUUUUGAAAGAAAGUAAUAAAUUCAUAAUUUUUAGUUAAGUUUGAAAAAGAUAUAAGAUCUCUUCAUCCAUCUGACAAACGUAAUUAUGUAAUCUAUAGAAUAAUGUGUGAACUAUUUUAAGAACUAUAAUUUGAGAUGCAAAAUAUAUUGAUUUGUCAACAUCCAAUUUCAAAACUAUUUUACAUUUAUUUUUCUGAUACUGAUUAUUGUCCAAUCUCAAAAUGCUGUAAUUAUAAUGUUGUCAUACGAAUUGGUGAAAUAUUAGGAGGAGAGAUUAAAUGUUUAAAUUCUAAAUGUCCUUUAGGAGUUUUAACAACUUUUGAAAUUGAGGAAAAGAUUCUCUGGAAUUAAACUUUUUAAAAAAAGAAAGUUAUAUCGAAUCUAAUUUCUAGUGGGAAAUAUAGAACUUAGAGUUUACUUAGAUCAGUUCAAGUACCUGAAAAUAAUAUCUCAUAUGCUCCAAAAUAAUAAUAAUAAUAAAAUUAGAAUUCUUAUAAAAGAUCUUCCACUUUUUAUUAAAGAGCUAGUUAAACUAAUUACGAAUAAAUUUAUAAAUAUGAAUUAUCGAAAAAUCUACUACUAAACUCUUAAAUUUUUAAUAAGAAUUUUGAUAAUUAAAUUGAUGAAAAAUAUAGAUAUAGAUGCAAAUUUUAAUGA